AAACUUUUUCCCCGGCGUGGUCUCACCCGUGAUUUAAGGCAUAGGUGUCCCCAAGCCGAGAGGCUGGGAGUCAGCGGACGUGCAGGAGGGAGGCCUGGGCCGCGCCACGGCGGGGGGUGGAGGGAGAGGCCCGGCGAGGCGGGAAGGUGGGCUCCGGCCGCCGGGAGUCGGGGACCGAGCCGUCGCCACCGCCUCCCCUAGCGGGGGGCAGCCAGGAGAAGGGGGUCGCCGUCGGGAGAGGGGGACCCCACCAUGCCCAAAGUCUUCCUGGUGAAGAGGAGGAACCCAGGGGUCUCGGUCCGCAGCUGGGAUGACCUCCCGGAUGAGAAAAGGGCAGACGCCUACAUCCCAGUAGGCCUGGGCCACCUGCUCCACGACCCCCCCGAGGACUGCCGCAGCGACGGCGGCAGCAGCAGCGGCGGCGGCAGCAGCAGCGCUGGGGAGCCCGGAGGAGCCGAGGGCAGCUCGUCCCCGCGCGCCCCCGAGCCCGGCGACGCCGAGGGCCCCGAUGGACAGCUGGCAGCGAAGCAGCGCCCGGUUGCCAGGUCGAAAAUCAAGCGCCCCUACCCCAGUGGAUUGGAGUCGGGGUGCGGCCCCUAUUCCUCCUCUAUUGUCGCGCUUCGGGGCGCCAUCGAGUAUUCUAGAAUUGUAGGAAACACUACUUAUCGGGACGCCCAUCGGAGUUUUCCUGGUUUGAAUUUCUAUGAUCGUCUGCUCAAAGGUAUCUGCUACCCCUCAAGAUUAAAGAACCCCUUUCCACCGACUCUCAUCCAGCUGGAGCUAGCCGGUGGUGUUUUAUGA